AUGUCGAGCUUCCUCGUCACCUGGGUCAAGUUCACGGCCGUCGGCCUCGAGCACACGGCCUGGACCGCCACGUGCUGCGACGUGCUCGAGCGCCGCUCGCCCGUCCCGUCCGACCAGACGCUCGCCUGGUUUGUGCGCUUUGCCCACAUUAUCGAGACGACGCACAAGCUCGACUACCUCGGCCCCGAGGGCGGCGGCGAGAAGACCCGCGACGAGGCCCGCCUCAUGCUGCUCGGCCUCGAGAGCCAGUUCAACGAGUGGAGGGCCCGCAUACCCCGCGACCUGCUGUCCCAGAGCCUCGGCCUCUCCAUCCUGACAACCUUCACAGACCUCUACCUCCACGCGGCGCCGAUCCACCGCUUCGCCCCGCCCCGCCCCGGCCCGCGGACGCACCUCCUCAGCGCCGAGGCGCCGCGGCUGCGCCACUGCCUCCCCGCGCUGCGCGCCCUCCUCGACACCCUCGCCGCGCUGCCGGCCGCCGACUUUGCGCCGCUCGCCACGAGCGACUGGGGCAAGAUCAUCCAGGUGACCAUUCUCUCGCUGCGCCUCUCGUUCCCGCUCGCGGCGUGCCCGUCGUGGGACGACGCCGCGGCGCGCGCGGUGCUCGACUUUGGCGGCUUCCUCGACCGCUUCGUCGGCGAGGAGGCGGCGGUGGCGGUAGGAGGAGCACCGGCAAGAGGAGCACCGGCCGACCCCCCCAAGAUCGACGUGCUCACGGCGAGCAAGCUCGUCUUCGGCAUCGUGCGCGCCAAGUACCGCGGCCGGCUGGCCAAGCUUGAGACGCCCGAGACGACGCUGGCGCGCGGCGCGCGCGGGUGUCCCAUGCUCGACGGCAGCCUCGACGGGUACUUUCCCGCGUGGGACCCGGACCUGACGGCGCCGGCGCCGGGGGCCUUGUGGCUUGGCGAGUCGCGGCCGUGGGACGCCGGGCUGCUCGACGACGGGGGGUCGUCGGUGCAGGAUGUGUGGUCGACCAUGACGCUCGAGUGGCCGGCCGAGGGGGACGGCAUGGGCGGCGAGAUGGGCAUGGAGAUGUACCAUGGUGAGCAGUAG